CUCCUGUCUUGGCGUGGCGAGUGCUCUGUUUGUUUUUUUCCCCUUUAUCUCACAGUUCCAGUCUUGAGAGGCUAGGUUUCAGUGAUCACGGUGCCUACCUGGACUGGGGAAGUUGUGUGUGACGGUGUGUGGCUGGGAAGACAUGCCGAAUGUGGAACCAGUUUGUCUGCUUUGGGGAGAGUAUGCUUUCGCUGACGUGAGGCACGGUGUAGGCAGUCUUACAGGAGUAAACGGCAGGGACCGAUAACAUUGUGUCGCAACUCUCUCACAUUGACGGUUAAACUCUUCAAUGGCUGAAUAACAAGAACAAACACAGUCAAAAUACCCCAAUGGAGCCUAAGGUUUAAACAGAAUAACUUUUCAUUAAAGGCUGCUGUGAAAACAUCAGAAGGAUCAUGCCUGGUCACCGUAGGGGAAGGAGCCUCUCUGAGGGGCUAAUGCUGGAGGAAUCAGAAAAGGGAGGAUUGGUCGUCUCCAGCGUUAUCGGUGGCUCCUCUGGCAAUCAGGGGCUCAAAGAAGGAGAUGAAAUUGUGGGUGCCACAAUCAACUUUGACCAACUUUCGAAAGACGAUGUGUUGAAAAUCCUGAAGCUGAUGGCUGAUAAUGGAUUUGAUGAGAAGGUUCAAGUUCUGACGAAAAAUAAUUUGAGCAAGAGUAUGGGGACCUUGGACAGCAUCAAAGCACCAGAGGAGAUGCUGAAGGAUUCAUAUAAUAGACUCUACAAUGCCAAAAUAAAUAGGUUCAUGAAGGAUGACAGCCCUGGACAACCUGCAGGUGCUGGGAAAAGAGGCUCCCAUAAUGGACAGGUGAAGGGCAAGGGACCGAGACCUGUCUGGGACAAACCUAAAGUUAAAGGUGACCUCAAACCCCCUGUCCUCACCAUGGAUUACCCAGUUGUGGAGACACCCAAAGUAGAUGMUCCUACCUACCUAGAGUCUCCAGAUCUCAAAUUCUCUGCUCCAAAGUUAGAGGUGCCUAAACUUGAUGUCAAAGGCGUGGUACCUGAUGCUCGCGGUGGAGAACUUUCAUUGCCUAAUGCCAACAUUAGUACAUCAGAUCUCUCCCUGCCUCAUUUAAAUGGGUCACUAAACAUUGAUGCUCCAGCAGUUAACCUGGAAAGGCCAUAUCUUGAAACUGAUAUAGAUGCUAUUGAUGCUCCAGAAUUUGACAUGUCUUUGCCCAAAGUUGACCUCAAAGGCCCUGAUCUUGACCUGAAAGUUAUAGAUCCACUUCCCAAAGUUGGAGGAGAUAUCAAUGUCCCGGAAGCAGAGCUCAAUCUACCAGAGGGGGUUGUCACUGCACCUACUUUAAAUAUCAACACCCCAAAGCUUGAUAUUGAAAGAACAGGCAAAAUGUUAAAAAUGCCCAGAUUUAAGGUGCCUGACUUGGGUCUCUCUGGACCCAGUGUAAAUGUACACAACCUUGAGGUUGAUACACCAAAUAUGAGGAUCCCAGAUAAAGAUAUGCCAGGAGUUAAUCUCAAAGGUCCCCAACUAGACCUACAAGCACCAGAUGUUAAUCUCAAAGGUCCUAAUCUAGACCUGCAAGCCCCAGAUGUCAGCAUGAUGAAUGUGCCUUCAAGUAAAAUCAGAGUCCGGUCCUCCAAGAAACUGAAAAACCCAAACCUUGAUGUGGAUGAUCCCUCUGGUUUUUUUGAAUUGCCUAAGGUUAGGCUCUCUCGCAGAGUACCAAAAGGACCAGAUUUAGACAUUGAUGCAGUUUUAAAGACCGCAGACAUGCAUCUUAAAACCUCUUUGAUUGGUGCUCCUGAACUGAAUGACCCUGAUGUAGAUUUACCUUCAGUAGACCUUAAAGGUUCCAAAAUAGAUCUAGAAUUGCAAGAUGCAAACAUUGGUAUCCCAUCUGGGAAGAUCAAAAAACCAAGUCUUGGUAUGCCUGACUUUGAUAUAUCUAGACCAAGAGUUAGGACUCCAGACCUGKACCUCUCAGCGGAUGAGAUGUGUCUAUCAGACGUCUGUUUGCCUGACCUCAGUACUCCAGAUAUUGGCAUACCCUCAGGUAAAUUCAAACUAACGAAACCACAUGCAGAACUCAAAGCUCCUAAUUUCGAUGUGGAUGCCCCCUCUGGUAAACUGAAGAUGCCCAAAUUUGGCUUCUCUGGCCUAAAAAGACCAGAUCUGGGCAUUGAUGCUGAUGUAAAAACACCAAAGCUAAGUCUCAAAGCUCCCAAGAUAAAAGGUGGACUUGAUGCACCUGACUUGGACUUACCMAAAGUCGACCUGAAAGCACCUAAGUUAGAUGGAAACACUCCAAAUAUUGACAUUGAUGCACCCUCAGGAAAAUUCAAAAUGCCAAAGUUUAAGAUGUCUAAAUUUGCCCUUUCGGGCCCUAAAGGGCCAGAGGUUGGCAUUGAUGGAGAGUUGGAUGGACCAGACCUGAGCUUAUCAUCUUCCAAAUUAAAACAGCCAGAUGCGGAUAUUGGUAGCCCAUCUGGAAAAUUCAAGAUGCCAAGUUUUAAAAUCCCAGACUUUGGCUUCUCAGGCCCAGAUGUUCAAGGGCCUGACUUUGAGGUAAAAAAUCCAGACUGGGAUCUUUCAGCCCCCAAGUUUAAAGGGGGAAUCAGUCACCCAGAUUUGAAUCUGCCAGAUGUUGACCUCAAAGGCCCCAAAUUAGACUUUAAUGCACCAGAUGUAAACUGUAAUAUGCCCUCAGGUAAAGUCAAAGUACCUACAUUGAAGAAACCAAAGGUUGAUCUGAAUGCUCCUGAAUCUGGACAUUGAUGGCCCCUCUGGUAAACUGAAAAUGCCCAAAUUUGGGCUGUCUGGUAAAAUGCCAAAAUCCACAAAACUGAAUCUCAAAGCCCCAAAGAUAAAGGGGGAAUUGAUUCCCCAGAAUUGAAUUUUCCAGAUGCUGAUCUCAAAGCCCCUAAACUAGAUGUAAACACCCCAGAUCUUGACAUCAGUGCACCCAUUGGGAAAUUCAAAAUGCCCACAUUUAAAAUGCCUAAAUUCAGAGGCUAAGGGACCAGAUGUUGACAUAGAUGGAGACUUAGAGGGCCCAGAUAUAGAUAUCAAUGCCCCCACAG